AUGCCCCUCAAGCGUGCCGCUGGCAACAGCUCAGCCGCACCCAAGCGCGCGCGCUUUGAGACCGCGAGCCAUUCAGACAGCCAUUCAAACGCUGGACCUUCUAGGUCGCCGCCCGGUGGCAACCGCACCGACACAGCCGAUGGCGAUGACCAGUUUCUUGAUGCCGACAUCACAGAGUCCAGCCGUGGUGCCAAGAAACGCGAGAAGCGCGUACUCAAGGACACGGAUGGUUAUGGCUCGGACUCGUCCAACGAUGAUGGGGAAGGUGUGGUGCCUUCGCGCCGAGCCGACGCCGCAAAGGACGACGACGACGAUGUGGACAUGUUUGCCGAGGACGAACCUGCAGACGACGACAAGGGCAAGGGCAAAGCAAAAGACAAGAAGAACGAGUUUAUGAACAUUGACGAAAUCGAGGGUCAAGAGUUUACACGGCGUCCGUCUGCCGACGACGAUGAUUCCGACAGCGAGGUGGAUGAAGCGGCGAAGAAUAAAGGCACCGGACUGGACGGCGACAUGGGUGUCGAGCUCACCCCGUUCAACAUGAAGACAGAAAUGGAGGAAGGCCGUUUUACCGAAGGAGGCGAGCAAUACGUUGAAAACGACAAGGACGAACACGACAAGCACGACGGCUGGCUGGACGCGGUGGACAAGGACGCGAUUAAGAAGGCCCGUCGCGCCCACCGCGAGCGCGAGCGGUUGGAGCAGGAGCGCGAGGCGCGUGAAGCUGAGACGUCUGGUCUUGGCAGCGAAGAUCGCGAGCAUGAACUUAUGCGCUCUGCCACCGAGCUCAUGGAACGCGGCGAGACGGUACUCGAAGCCCUCCAGCGCCUGGGAAAGGAGGCAGAGGACAAGGCCAAGAAGGAGUCGGCCGGCAGCAAGAAGAAAUCGUGGGCCGAGCGCCAAAAGGAGCGCAAGGCGCAGCUUGCUGCUGAUUCUACCGAUCCCGCACACGCCAACCCGUUCACGAAGCUCUCUGAGAUCGUCUCGCAGCUCACCGCCAUUGGGCAGCUUGACGUCUACUCGCUCUCCCGCGAGGCCAUCCAGCGCAUGCUCCCACGUCAGCCGGAGCCUGAGCGCCCAUCGGCGCCUGCCCUUCCCCAGGACACCCGCCAGUUUCAAUACCGCUUCUCGAUGGCGUACAUGCGCACCCUUCCCGAGGCGCAGCGCCCAGUGGAGAGAGAUGUGUUUGGGCCGUUCAGCUCGCUGCAGCUCGUGGGCUGGAAGUCGACGGGGUUCUUUGGUCCCAACUGCGAAAACGUCGAGCUCCGUAACGUCACUGGCGGUCAGGAGGGACAGUGGGGUUCGUGGACAGAGGUCGUUGGGUAA